ACCAUCCAGCAAUUUCACGGUAGCCGACAAACGCUGUAUAGAAUCGUAUUCCCCAUGCCAGCAACUUCGUAUGAUAUUGUCGACUUGGUUAUCGUCUGUUUUUGGGAACAUCAUCUUCUGAAGCAGGUCAACAAUUACCGGUCCGUGACGUUCCCCAAACCAUUCGUUAUCGUAGGGCUCGUAACCACGGAUCAUGUAAUAGAAGAUUGACCCUAUCGCGAAUUGUUCCGUACGAGGGCCAAGAUACCCAAAGCUUCCGCGUUGCUCUCCACCUUCAUCGCCAAGUACUCUGGCGUAAGGACCGAUGCCAACUUCAAAAGCGGUACCAACGGCAGCUGUGUUGUCAAAGUCGGCAACUUCAGGUGAUUCUCACUGUGGAGGAGAAGGUUUGGUGGCCGAAUAUCGCCGUGCGCAUACCCCAGGGACUCGAGCCAAGCAGCAGCAUUGGAUAAUUCCGUCAUCCACCUCAAAACCAAGCACCGUGGUUCACCAUCCUCUACCUUCAGCACCAGGUGAUUUGCACUCGCACGCAGCAGGACAGCGCAGGAGGACCUCUGUAAUUGAUGGUCUACUCUUACAGGGCUCUUGAUAAAAAUCAAAACAGUUUCACCAGGCAGAAGGAGUCUGGUAUAGACAGCCGAGGCCAGAAAGGGCCCUUGCCCUUACCCUUACUAAGACGUCGAACAUGCGCAAGCCCCUUGUUCUUGCGUAUGAAGAGGGAAAAAGAUGAUGCAAUAUGCAGACUACUGCAGCCGCACUUUUCUGGAGGCAUUUAAC